AUGGGUCUAGCACCUAGCCCCCUCUGGGAGUUCUUUCACAAAUUGUCUGAGUUUUAUGGGAAUAAUAAGACACACUAUGCUGCUAUAUGCAAAGGGUGUAUCGAAUCACACAUCACAGCGCUUGAAAAUGAAGACACGGAAAAAUUGAUGUUGGGCACUAUAUCCGAGAGGUGGAACUCAGGGCAGCUGCGAACUCCCUCCCAAAAUCCAAGGAUCUACUGCAAGGCUUGCACAACACCUAAUGGCCGUGAGGCAGGAAUGGCCUGGAAACGCGCACAAGAGAAGCAGCCUUCACCCCUCCCUUGGCUAUCUAUCAGCACUGAAAAUCCGUCAACUAUCCACACCUCUCCAUCUCCAACUCCGACCCCUCUGCUACUUGUCCCUCCCACAGACAACAUUCCAACACGCCGGAGAAGCUUCUCACAAAUUCCACCUCACCCCCUAGAUCUAGAUCAGGCUGUACUUGAACAACAAUUGCUUUGUGCAAUUGUGUCAGCUGGGUGGUCUUUUCUCUCAGUUGAUGAUCCAGAGGUCAUCAAGCUGUUCUCUCUAGUGGGAAUUAAACUCCCACCUUGGAAGCACCUAUCGGGAAAGGUCCUAGAUGCUGAAUACAAUUCCCGUCAAGAAGUGUUAACUCAAAUGAUGGAAGGUGCAUACGCAACUGGGCAAUGUGAUGGAUGGAAAGACACAUCUGUUGUAGUCAUGUUUCAAAGUCCGGCUACUGAAUGGAGAACUUACUGA